CUCCACACCGUCAUUUGGAGACGCGUGAAGCUGUCCCUGACCUCCCUUUGGCUAUCCCCACAAUAAAAGGAAGCCGGCGCGGAGGGAGGGGCACCUGAUCGCCGGAAAUCCUCACCGGACAAUCGAUGGAAUUCGGCGGGAGUAACAAGCGGGUGGUUGUCGUGGGUGGAGGAGCCGCCGGAUCGCUCAUCGCCAGAACCCUCCAAUUCGGCGCCGAUCUCGUCCUCAUCGAUCCGAAGGACUACUAUGAAGUGCCAUGGGCAGCAUUGCGAUGUAUGGUCGAGCCUGCCUUCGCCCAGAGGUCAUUGAUCGAGCACAAGCACUACCUGACCAACGGCAGGGUGGUCACGUCCACUGCCGUCAACGUGUCCGAGAGGGAGGUCGUGACUUCAGGUGGACGGUGCAUUCCUUACGACUAUCUCGUCAUCGCCACAGGUCAUCCUAACACAUUCCCGACGACCCGAUCCGAAAGACUUCAAGAGUUUCAGGAAUCCUAUGAAAAGAUCAGAGCAUCAAGCUCUAUUUUGAUUGUUGGUGGUGGGCCGACUGGUGUGGAACUCGCCGCUGAGAUUGCCGUUGACUUCCCGGAGAAGCACAUUACUAUAGUUCAUAAAGGAUAUAGACUACUGGAAUUUAUUGGCCCAAAGGCUUCAGAGAAAGCGUUGGCCUGGCUGACGUCAAGGAAAGUGCAGGUUUUAUUUAACCAAGAGAUACGUUUAGAGCAGCUUGAUGAUGCGCAAACCGAAUUUGUUACAAGUGAAGGUGUUAAAGUUAGGGUAGACUGCUGGUUCAAUUGCAUUGGGAAGGGCCUCGGGUCUUCGUGGUUAACAGACGGUAUAUUACAGGACUGUCUGAACGAGCGCGGGCAGUUGAUGGUUGAUGAACACUUAAGAGUUGCGGGCAAGAAAAACAUAUUUGCUAUUGGAGACAUCACCGAUAUCCGGGAAAUGAAGCAAGGAUACAUUGCUCGCAAGCAUGCAUUGCUGGCUGCCAAGAACCUGAAACUGCUGCUGGAGGGAAGAAGUGAAAGUGAACUCUACCGAUACAAACAGGGUUCGGCAAAUGCCAUUGUGUCCCUUGGGAGGAAACAAGCUAUUGCUCAGUUACCUUUCCUUACAACCGUUGGGUACAUUCCAGGAUAUUAUAAAUCUAAGGAUUUAUUUGUCGGAAAAACCAGAAAAGAGUUGGGUUUGGAUCCUUCAAGCUCGUGAUCAAUGUGAUGGGUGGGACAUGAGCUUGGGACUACGCAAGCAUAUUAAGCUGUAAAAUUGUAUGUAUUCUCUUACAUGGCAUUGUGUUGCAGCAUAUGCGGAUUGUGCUUUCUUUGUGUAGUUUUCAUGAUUCAUUGUAGUGCUGGACCAUACCAUGAAUAAUUUUUGCUUUUUUUUUUUAA